AUGUUCACUGUGUCUGGCAAUUUAUGUGGUCGCCUUGCCGAAGUAAUGGCUAACAGGCUUUACUUGUGCUCAUUCUAUGACCACCCAGAGUCUAAUGAUCAAAUUUGGUACUAUUGUGUUGAUGAAGACGUACACUAUGACAACUAUUAUACAGAUUUCGGACCACUUAACCUCUCUGUACUGUACAGAUUCUGCAAGAAGUUGGAUGAGAAAUUGAAGGCUUUGAAAGGUAAAAAGGUUAUAGUCGUUUAUUCUGCACCGACAGAUGAGGCUCGUGCGAAUACUGCAUAUCUCAUUGGAGCUUUUUGUAUCAUAUAUCUAUUUAUGCCAGCUGCAGUUGCAUAUUUUCGCAUUCAUAAGGCAGCUCCCUCUGGGUUUAUAAGUUUCAGAGACGCUUCUAUGGGUCCACAAGUUUAUAAUCUUCAUCUUCGUAGCGUAUUGAAGGGCGUUGAAAAGGCAUCUAAGCUUAAAUGGCUUUGUUUUGACAGUUUUGAUCCAGAUGAAUAUGAGUAUUAUGAAAAAGUAGAGAACGGUGACCUGAAUUGGAUUAUUCCUAAUAAGAUACUUAGUUUCUGUGGGCCGCAUAGCCGAUCAGCUGUAGAAAAUGGUUACCCUUAUCACUGUCCAGAGGUGUACUUUGAUUAUUUUAAAAGUCAUGGCGUCACUACAAUAAUUCGGUUGAAUAAGAAAAUGUAUGAUGCAAGAAGGUUUACUAGAGCAGGAUUUAAUCAUGUCGAUUUAUUUUUUGUUGAUGGCUCGACACCAUCCGAUGAUAUUGUUGAACGAUUUAUUGAUGUUGUUGAUUCGGUUAAAGGGGCAGUCGCAGUGCACUGCAAGGCUGGUCUUGGUAGGACUGGAACUUUAAUUGCUUGCUGGAUGAUGAAGGAAUACGGUGUAACUGCUGCGGAAAGCAUGGCGUGGCUAAGGAUUUGUCGUCCUGGCUCUGUAAUUGGACCACAGCAACAGUUUCUGAUAGGGAAACAGCCGUGGUGUUGGGCAAUGGGUUCUUCAAAAAAGUAUUCAGUUACGUCCUGUCUUUCUGGACUAGCUUCUAAGGUUUUUUUUUUAAAAGUAUUGCUAAUGACUUGUUAUAUUUUAACGGAAGGAAAUACUACAGUCGAUGAAAUAAAAUUAGCAGAUACUGGUAAGAAUAAGGUUUUGAGACCGCUGUCGUUUGUUAAAAAUGACCAACAGGUCGCACCGGUGGACGAUGAGGUUGAUAAUUUUUCAUUUAUUUUUUUACAGUGUGCAGUAGACGAAAUGGGACGUACGCAGGGUGACCGUUUGUUGGCAAUGAAAGCAAAAGCGCAACACCACUUAGUGGCUGAAUAUUCUUCACCUACUACACUGGUAAAACCAAUCUCAGGGCAGAGUAAAGCUUCCAGUGUCCAUUCGCCUCAGCUUCUGCGAUGUGGAGUGCAUUCUUCAGUUCCAGUUCGUUCUCCUUUUAUAUCGCGGGUCACUGUAAUGUCUGUUUCUCCUCGUGCCUCGUCAGCGAAGUCUAAGCCAGUGCGAAGGUUAUCUGGGUUGCGGAGCAAACCAUAUCCACACUCAUCUGUUAAAGUGCAGAUAACUCCUUCUGUGUACGAGCUGAGAUCUAGAGUUAGUGCUGCACUUGAAGGUGCAAAAGCUGGCAGCAGUAAGGGGGAGCUUGUUGCGACUCGUUUAAAAAGUCGCUUGAAGUAG